GCACAGCGGGGCGGUAUUGCUUCUAUUGACCGGGGGGCGGGCUGCUUGCUUUCGGGGCGCUCCGGGCUUCCACCUGUCAGCUGCUGGUGCUCAUGGAUGUUUCCAGCUGACAGAAGAGGCGUUGACUCGGUGUUUCCAGCAGAAUGGCGCUGAGAAAAAGACUAAAAUGGAGCUUUAGUAGCGGGCGAAGUGAUGUCGGCGGUGCCUUGUAGCUGCUGCUAGCUUGUAGCAUGCUAGCCGGAUGUUAGGCCUUUGGCUUCCUGUGGCUCCUCGGACAGGUUUAUUGUUUUAGUCCUCCUGAAAUAAAGCAGGUCUUUGUUGUUUUUAUUCGCUGCACAAAAAGGCUUUUUUUUUUUUUUUUUUUUUACUUCUCUCCGUGGACAAAAAAAAAGGAACCGAUAUGAAGCGUAUUAACAGUUUUCAAAGAUUCAUGAACAGACGGGCUUCUGCUAACUGCCGCUACCAGCCCACCGUCUACGAACAUGCUGCAAACUGCUACACUCACGCCCUCCUCAUCGUGCCGGCCUUCGUGGGCAUGACGCUGCUGCACUGCCUGUCCGACAACAACUGGGAGAGGGUCACGGCCUGGGUGUACGGGCUGGGCCUGUGCGCCCUCUUCGUGGUCUCCACCGUCUUUCACAUCAUCACCUGGAAGAAGAGCCACAUGAGGUCGGUGGAGCAGUGCUUUCACAUGUGUGACAGAGUGGUCAUCUAUUUCUUCAUCGCUGCCUCCUACACGCCUUGGUUGAACCUGCGAGAACUCGGCCCCUUGGCCGCUCACAUGCGCUGGUUCGUGUGGCUCAUGGCUGCUGCCGGAACCAUUUAUGUUUUCAACUACCAUGAAAAGUAUAAGCUGGUGGAGCUGGCCUUCUAUUUGACCAUGGGAUUUUUUCCUGCUUCGGUCAUAACAUCAAUGAGCAACACGGACGGUCUGCACGAGCUGGCGUAUGGAGGACUCAUCUACUGCCUCGGCGUGUUCUUCUUUAAGAGCGACGGCGUCAUCCCCUUCGCCCACGCCAUCUGGCACGUGUUCGUGGCGCUGGCUGCGGCCGUGCACUACUACGCCAUCUGGAAGUACCUGUACAAUGCUCCCGCUUCGGAGUCCCUCCUCCAGUCCUGACCAGCUGCCCCCCACCCCCCCACACACACCACCACACUGCCCACUCAGGCUGCAACAGUAAAAGUUUACGACAACAACAACCUUUACUUGUUUACCGUUUUCUAACCAGGAGGAGAACAGCUUUAUGGUCUCCUCGGAUUAAAAAUGCGCGUUUUCUAAUGAGCCUGAUCCAGAGCUGCGACUCAUUCGGCUUUUUUAACCACUUGAAGUGAGUAACGUUCUUCAUUAAAGGUCGAGUCAUUAGGAGAAAAACAGAGUAAGGUGCUAAAAAUCUGCGUUAAUCAUUAGCUCUUUAUUUUGUUUUUUUCCAUUAAAAGAAACCAAGGCAGCAGCAGAAAUCAGAUUUGGAUUAAAAGUGGUCGGCUUAUUUUCAUGUCAUGUUAGCAGGACGUCGGCUAAAAGCUCAACGUCUUUUCCUGAUCUAAAGAUUCCUCUUCCAAACUGUCCCUGUGCACUUUUUAGGCUCCUCGCUCUGGUCCAGAGUUUCUCCUACGAGGUGUUGGCGCCCCCUGCUGGUAGCUGCUGAGUGGGAGCCUCCUCAGUAUUUCAGUGUAGAGGAGAGGCGGGAUGUUAAUGAGCCCAGUUCUUUUUUUUUUUUUAAUAAUGUGAAUAAUGUGUCUGAGCGCUGUUGUCCGGCGGAACAUUUCCUGUCGUGUCUGUUUUUGAUUAUAUAUAUUUUAUUUUUUUUGCACUGCUGCUUCGAACCGCAUUUCAGAUCAUGAGGACGUUCUGAUCAGAGCUCGUUUUUUUGUACAUCUGCUUCCUGUGUCGUGUUUCUCCUCCUAGCGAUGUCUGAAACUGAAUCUCUGCACAUGAUGUAAUAAUCAGGACUCUUGGAAGUCCUUAACUUGGCUGUUUUGUAUGUUUCUAUCGUCUGUCGACUAUAUGAUCCUGGCCUUCAGCAGAGAAAUACUUGCUUUAAUUUUGUCUGUUUCACUGGUUGGUGAUGGUGCUGCAUAAAACACGAACGCUCCUCUGCUGUGCUGAAAACUUGGUGACAAUAAAGACAACGUCUGCA